AGUAGGCUACUACAAACACGUCAAACCGUAUCCUCGGCGCUGCAGAAUUCUGCAUUUCUGAAGCGGCUGGGCGCUCUAUCCAUGUUUGCAUUCCUGUUAUAAACGGCUUUAAUCUACCCGGAUACAUUUUUGCCAUUGGCGGGGAUUCCCAAACGCUGGGUGCACGUUGAAUUCAGCGAGCGCGCCCCCGCUGGAUAGCUUCCCGUCACACCCACUCCAUAUCUGGCCAGCCUGGAGAGGGAGGACCGCUAGUUGAGCCAGUGCUGCAGUGAGCGCAGCGGGGGAUUCGGCGGCGCAACAGCACAAAGACAACCAGCGUUGUAAACUUGUAUAUGGAGACUGCAGCGUCCCCGCAACGACAAAGUCCAACAUGGAAGAUUAUUUGCGGCGGGCCAAGACCAUGCUGGCAUCAGGACCUGAGGGUCCUAAAGUCCAUGCUGUUCUAGGAGGGGUGGACCCAGAUGUAGAUUCUGUGGCUUCAACACUUUGUUACGCCUACUUCCUCAACCAGAAGGAGCGAUCAGACUGUGUGUAUGUCCCAGUCCUGUGUGGUCAGAAAUGUGACGUGGGGUUGCCGGGGGAGACAGUGCGGUACCUUAAGAGGGUUAGGGUGUGUGAGUCUGCUCUGCUGUGGAGAGACGACAUCAAACUACUGCAGCUCCACCACAGAGGAAAACUCUCCCUCACUUUGAUGAGGGACGAUGUGCUCGACAGCUCCGACUAUGAAGCUCUGGAGUCCAGCAUCCUCCGAGUGGUCCAUCACCACGAGCAACGGGCAGGAGAGGAGGGGGUGUUGUCCAUGGCGAUGGUGGUCGCCAGGGAGAUUCUUCAAGAGGCAGUGGAGCAGAUCUGUGCGCCGCUGGGGGAGCUCUUAGGAGAGGCCCUGCGGCUGCAGUCAGAGGGGAUGUGGAUCAAAGUUGGCCACUGCUCGGUGGACCUGGAGGAGCUGCUGAGGGCAUUGGAAGAGAGAAGUAGCAUCUCCCCCUAUGAUGUCACAACCGGUCCUAACGCUGGCGAGGCCCAGCUUCAAGGUAUGGAUAUAGAGCAGAUGUUUCUGAGGAAGCUGAAGGAGUUCUCUGAUGGGGAGAUGACCAUGUCUUUCACCACUGUGCCAGUAGAUUGGAGUUAA